CGAAUACCCCAAACCACUGCAACAUGAAGCUUGUGAAAAUAUGUGGUAUUAAGCGUCAACAAGCAGCCCUGGAGGCCAUAUCAUUCGGUGCCGACCUACUUGGUAUGAUAAUGGUUCCUGGAAGAGCGAGAACUAUUGACAUCGAAGAAGCGAAGGCUGUUGCACAAUUAGUCAAGCAGACAAGGCAGCAUAAGAAACGUCAGUUUCAAACCAUGACUGAGAUCUUGAAUGUCCUAAGAGAAGAAGACUUUGAGACCAUAGAUGAUUAUAGUGACAGGAUAUCAGACUUACUUGAAGAAAAUGGACCAUUUUUAGUGGGAGUAUUUAGAAACCAGCCGAUGACUGAUGUUUUCAGAAUCUCUGAAGAAGUGGGCAACGACAUAAUCCAGCUCCACGGCAAGGAAAAUGUGCUAGAAUACUGCAGCUAUAAUUCGAAAAACUUUGAUCUGAAGUUUGGGGUCAUUCCUCGUUUCGUGAUUCCUAAUGAUGUUUCUAAGAUUUACGACACUCUAGAAGCCAUUUGCAUUGGAGGAAAAUAUUUUGGUAAUGGGUUCCUUUUACCGUUGCUCGAUUCUGAAUUGGGUGGUGAAGGUAAGCUUAUUGACUGGUCACUUUUGAAGGAGUUGACACUGGGAAAGUUCAUUUUGGCUGGUGGUUUGAAUGAGUUUAACAUCUUGCAAUUAAGCGAGUACUCCAACUUAAAAGGAUUUGAUGUUAGUGGAGGAGUGGAAACUCAAGGAGAAAAAGAUCCUAGAAAAGUAGAAAACUUUAUCAAGAACGGUAAACUGGUCGCUUAAGUUGAUGAAGUUACGUAACGUUAAGGUGUAUUUAAUUAUUUAUAAUAGUAAUAAAAAACCAUGCAC